AACUUCAUCCUGCCCAUGUGGCCUUGACCUUGGUCAGCAACGCGGUGGAUAUUUAAAGGAUUGCAUUAAAUAAAAUUAUGUAAUUGACGAGUAAGAAGAAACGCCAUAUCAUCCAUCGUCUGAUUAUUGUAAAAAUGCCUGUUAAACGACCAUCUAGUCGUUUUAUACCUACAAAUACACGAAAAACUUGUGAACCACCGGCGAUAAUACCACCUGUAAUAAAACAUUGUACAUUUCCUGCUGUACCAAAACUGUCGAGUUUAUCGUUUCUUUCAAUCAGUCUAGUGAUCUGUUUAACGUCUACACUAACUCAGUAUAUUAAUCUAUAUAAAACUGUAUGGUGGUUACCGAAUUCAUCAAUUCAAUACGCCAUAGUAAGUCAUGCUGUGUAAACAAAAAAAUAUUGAAAAUUCACUUGACAGGAAUUUGAUCUAAUCGAUCAAUAUGUGAUAACGCAUAUCCUAUUUAUGCUGUGUACGCCAUAUCUUUAUUUGAUAUUUAUUAAGAUUAUUCCAUCAUUUAUACUAAAUUCAUUUAUCAUACGUUCAAUAUUGGGUUUAAUUAUUUUCACAUUUUGGAGUUAUAUUAUGCUAUGGAUUGUUAGUAGUAUAGAAUAUUCUGGAGUUAUGAUUUUAUACAAUAUAUCUGGAAUAAUUCUACUGACAUAUUUUCCUGUGAUAACAUUUAUCAUCUAUCAUUUUCGUUAUUUGGAGAAAAUGAUUUAUCCUUCCAAUCGAUGUCGACAUCCUCAACAACAACAACAACAUUACCACAACCAUCACCACCAACAACAUCACCACCAUCAUCAUUAUCAUCACCAGCAACAACAACAACACUAUAAUACUUCUGCUGGGUGUGCGGGUAACAGUAAUAGUAAUUACCAGAAAACUUCAUCACAUUCCACUUUUUCUAGAUUAAUACGUUUUCUUAAGGUUUUAUUCUCAUUUACUAAACAAUUAAUUGCAAUAUUUACAAAUUGGCCGUGUAUAUCCUCGAAGAAUGCCCUAUUUCCUUUAUCGUAUACAUCUAUUUCAUCGCCACUGGUAUCAUCGGGGUCACAUUCAAGAAAUAGUAAAUCAUCAUUAAUACAAACUGCUUAUUAUACUACUACUAAUACUACUACUACUAAUGCUACUACCAGUGAUAUCAAUACAGUUGAUGAGUUUAUUUUAAUGAAACAUCAUUGUUUAGGUGUAACACCUGAACAGAUACGUGAUGAAGUUGAAAUGAAUCGAUGUGAUUUCAAUGCAAGGCUGUUGGAUAUUUUAAUUGGUACUGGACAUGUUGUCUAUUAUGCAUGCUUUUUACCAAUUAUAUUUGUACAGAAAGAAUAUUUAUAUGUCGAUUAUUGGUGGUGCCUUCAACAUUGCUUUCUGAUUGGUUUAUUAGUUUUCUUAUUACGUUGGCAUUAUUUUCUACCAUGUGAUUAUAUUGAUCUGUUACAUCGAAGUUCUAUGCAUCUUGGCAGUUGGGAGAAUCUACUCGUGCGUAGUGGAUUUUCACAAAUUUCAACAUGGUCAGCAUCUGUUGUUUACCCACGUGGUGUUGUCAUCAAGCAUAUGCGUGGCCUUUUUCGAUCAAUUGGGAUAAAUAAUUGUGCUGAACCAGGCAAUGUACUUCAUUCACGAUUUUAUUAUAUGUUCAAUAAUCCACAACGUAUUAGUAGUAUCUUUGUAUGUCUUUCAUCCUUGAUUAUCCUAUAUCAAUGCACUGUCGCCUAUUCAAUGAUUGAAUGGUAUAAAUUAAUUGGUUUAGUCAUUAAUGGAUUAUUUUGUUUUGUUAAUUUCUACUUACAUUUACGUAAUUCAAUAUUAGUACAAUUUGUUUAUUCAAAGAAAGCUGAGUAUACUUCACCAACUUCGUCGUCGUCGUCGUCGUCUCUUCCUACGAGUACUGCCAAUACGUGUCCUACUACAACUUGUAGUGCUCCUGGUAUUAAUCAAACUGUGAAUAAUAAUAAUGCGACUGCUAACGCCUUUAAUGUUGCCUCGGUGAAUUCUCCUUCGUCUUCUUCUUCUGCUUCUUCUUCUACGCCUCAUGGUAAUUCGCCUAAUCAUCAUACUACUCAUAUGAGUAGGAAUUCAAUAUCGAUGUAGAAAAAAGAAAAAGGUGCCUUAAUUGGUUAGAAGAGAGAAGCGACAGGGGAGAGGAUUGUGUUUUGUUUUUUUUAGUUAGUUAGUUUUCUUUUGUUUUUGUUUUGUUUUUUUGUAAUCUGUAAACAUGUACAUUGAUGAGUGGUGAAUAGUGUUCAACAAAUAAUAAUGCAUAAAUAUAUAUAUCUUUUUUGCUAUUUUUUGGAAUUAAGAGUAGUUUUAAUACUUUUGUU